CAACACCCAGGCGGGUGACGAGCUCCGCCCACCUCCGCGGGGAUGCUUCCACCCCUCCAAGCCCAGCCCAGCCUAAGCUCUCCCGCAGCCUCUGGGAGCCUAGGCCACGCCCCCGCGAGCCUUUGCCUCCGAUUGGACGACUCGGGAGAGGUGUGGCCGGAAGGGGUGAGUCUGAUUGGCAAGGCGUGUCCGACGGUGUGCCCCGAACAUGGCGGAGCGUGUGAAGAAGCGGCCCUGCGGCCCGGGUGAACAUGGCCAAAGGGUCGAGUGGCGAAAAUGGAAGCAACAGAAGAAAGAGGAGAAAAAGAAGUGGAAGGAUCUUAAGAUGAUGAAAAAACUGGAGCGGCAGCGGGUGCAGGAGGAACAGACAAAGCACCAGGAAGAGGAGGAGGCAGCUGCACAAAAGGAGGACCGAGGGCGGCCCUACACCUUGAGCGUGGCCCUGCCGGGCUCCAUUCUCGACAACGCCCAGUCACCCGAGCUUCGCACCUACCUGGCUGGCCAGAUUGCCAGAGCCUGCACCAUCUUCUGUGUGGAUGAGAUUGUGGUGUUCGAUGAAGAGGGCCAAGAUGCCAAGACUGUGGAAGGGGAAUUCAAGGGAGUCGGCAAGAAGGGGCAGGCAUGCGUACAGCUGGCCCGGAUCCUGCAGUACCUGGAGUGUCCACAGUACCUAAGAAAGGCGUUCUUCCCCAAGCACCAGGAUCUACAGUUUGCAGGUCUCCUGAACCCCCUGGACAGCCCUCACCACAUGCGUCAGGAUGAGGAAUCUGAGUUCCGAGAAGGCAUUGUGGUGGACCGGCCCACCCGGCCAGGCCACGGCUCCUUUGUCAACUGUGGCAUGAAGAAGGAGGUGAAGAUUGACAAGAACUUGGAACCUGGACUUCGGGUGACUGUGCGACUGAACCAGGAGCAGCUCCCAGAGAGCAAGACCUACCGAGGAAAAGUCGUGUCGUCACAAGACCCUCGCACCAAAGCUGGUCUCUACUGGGGUUACACAGUCCGACUGGCCUCCUGCCUCAGUGCUGUGUUUGCUGAGGCCCCCUUCCAGGAUGGGUAUGACCUGACCAUCGGGACAUCAGAGCGAGGCUCAGACGUGACCUCUGCCCAGCUGCCCAGUUUCAGGCACGCUCUCGUGGUAUUCGGAGGCCUCCAGGGGCUGGAAGCUGGAGUGGAUGCUGACCCCAACCUGGAGGUGGCUGAACCCAGUGUCCUCUUCGAUCUGUACGUCAACACUUGCCCCAGCCAGGGCAGCCGUUCCAUCCGCACAGAGGAAGCCAUCCUCAUCUCCCUGGCUGCCCUACAGCCUGGUCUCACCCAGGCAGGUACCCGGCCCAAUGAAAGGCUCUGUCAGGCCCAAGACAGUGAAGAAGCGGUGAAGCCAGAGGUUCCGGAGGGUCACCUGGGACAAACAUAGCCAAGACUUGUCUCCAAAAAUAACCACCUUUAAUGCAACCCAGUCCCCACACCCUCAGUCUGGCUGGGCUGUCGCCUUCACUUGCUACCUGCAGUGAUGGCCUUGAGGCUGCCCGCCCGCGCCAGGAUAUUUGGCACAAACAGCAGCCCUGAGGCCCGCUCAAUGCUCUCGAUGGGCACCAGGAAGCGCUCCAGCGGGAUUGCCUCAUCCACAGGCGCGUUGGGCAUCACAUAGGAGUGGAGUUCAAUUUGCCCACCUCCUGCCUCCAGGAUCAGCACCUUGAAGAAGUGGGUGGGCACUGCCACAUGGUUCUUGCCGAUCACCUGGUACUUCACGUAGGACUUGCCAUCAGCCUCCGUCCUGCAGGCAAACCCAGGCACACAUGGCUUUUCAGGGCUCCCAGCGAGUCUGGUCAGACCCAAGGCUGUCACCACCAGGAAGCAUUUCCUGACCUCACCUCCAGUUCAUGCAGGACCACCCCCUCUGCAUGGGGCUUCUGUGCCCUUGGCUCCCCCAGGAGCCGGGGCGCUCCCUGCAGGGUAGAGACUCACUCUUACCCUGUUGUCCUCGUGCCCAACACUGGGUCAGGCAGUGGGUGAUGGCAAUAAAUGCUGAAAGAAUCUGG